ACACCGACCGACUGAUUGACGGGCGAUGGCGUCGCGCGGAAGACCGCCUCGACCUCAACGCGCAUGCGCAUACCUGCGCGUCUUUCUGUUUUUUUUGUGUUUAAACUUUAUUGAACACUGAAAAUGACAGACGGUCAAGUAAGGCUAGCAAAUGCUAUUAUAGCAUCCUAACUAAAAACAAAACAACAAUCCAACGGUAAUUCUUGCAUGAAGGGAGAAAACAAAAAUGAAAGAAAAUAAAACAACAAGGUGCAUUUUAAUCUCCGACUAAAUGAGGCCUUUUUUAUUUUAUUUUUUGCCAAAAAUGUCACAAUUUGGCGGGCCUUAGCUCCCGUAGCCCUGUGGCGAUUGACCUCAAAUGUAAGAUUCAGUGCUGCUGUGCAAUCAGUAUCAACAAGUACACCAAGUUGCAUUCAAAUAUAAAUCUGCUUGGUUCACCUCACUGGCAGAUUUCUUUGGCACGGAACGGCCCCUGUGACAUGAUGUGACCGGUAACGUGAGGCAUGUCAUGGCUCAUGUGAUGUCACAUGACAUGUGGGGGUGCGGAUGGGUGCCAGCAGCCGGUGUGAGAAAUAUACCGGCCGUUUGGGAAAAUACUUUCCCGGAAUUCCCGAUGGUCGCCCCGCCCCCGGUCAGGUGUCACGCGACGCUCGGCACGCAACGUGUUAAGUUGCAGAGCGAUGCAUGACGGAGCAGGUCUACAGCGGUGCCGUGCCAUCCUCAUAUCCGGAGCCCUGGUCUUCACCCCUCCUCAGCCUGGAGCAGGGCACCGCCUUGGUCUUGGUCCUCGGGCUCUUGUUGUUCCUGGCUGUGCUGAUGGUGCGCUGCUUCCGGAUCCUUCUGGACCCGUAUCGCAGCGUGCCGGCCUCCAACUGGACCGACUACACCGACAAGGACGCCUUCGACUACCGCAUCAUCUCCUGACAGGCGGCGUGAGAGGAGGCGGCGAAAGAGAGCUGGCUGUCGCCCGCGCCGAACGUCGACUGGCCUGCUCGCCGUGACUCCCUGACCUCUGACCCCUGGACCGCAAAAAUCCUGACAAGCGAAAUGGUGGACAACAGUCUGACGCCAAACUUGCACCUUUGAGUGCGAGACAGUUGUUGGCGUUUGUCGUCAAUUUCCCAAACGGGGUUGGGGAGCGAGUUUGAAGAAAAAGGGGCUUUUGAAAAGCAUGACCUUCUGCCCUUGGGCUCUCCGGCAACCUUUGAACCCAGGGCCAAUCACGCCGCUUUACGCACAGCAUGCACAUCACCUUUGGUAUUUGAUCCGACUCAUUCCAGUUUUGUCCGUUUCUGUUUGCUCGACAGACGAAGGCUUCUGAUUGGUCGGCAGGACCCCGCCGCCGCAUGACGUGCUGCAUGUUUUUUGGCGUUUUUUUUUUUGUUGUUUUUGCGCCACUGAGUGAAAUCUGGAAAUCGAUGAGAUUUGAAUGCCUCUCAAUCCCUCCCAAAUGCUGUUCUGUGUUUUUGUCUUGUAUUCUUUGUCGCGGCAGAUCCGGUUGAAAGGCACACGGGCAUUAAAACACACACUGGCUUCUCCCUUUUUUUUUUUCUGACAAGUUUCGUCAGACUGUACUCAGUUUUAGGUCAGCUACAUCGAUUCUAUUGGCUAAAUGCACAAUUCCUAUCCAUUCGAGUACAUCUUUUUUUUUCUUGGGGGGGGGGGUGCAAUACCUCUCCACAUUGCCCAUCAGAGCCGUUUGCUUUGAGUCGCUUCAUUUCACUGUGUAUUGACCUUGUGUAAAGAAUAUCAAUGGAAUCAAGAUUGAAGACCCUUUUUUUUCCUUGAUAGUAUUUAAGCUUUGUCAAACUUUUGCCUCGUUGGCCGCCGAGUUGAAAGUCCUCCAGGCAAGCCAUGUGUCCGGGGGCGGGUUAGGGGGUUUGUUGAGUUGAAGCCCUCAUUGAUUCGCAUAGUACAAGUCCGAGUCAUCAAAUGAACAAAAGGUCUCCGUUGUCGGAAAAAGGUUACCGACUACACACACACACACACACACACACACAUUACUCAACGUUACUAAAUGUUUGUCAAUAUCAAUCAAUGUCCAAAAAUAUUCAUGUUACAAACAUCGCUUUAUGUGAACAAAUGCAAGUGUCACAAGCAAUGAAUAAAACGGCACAAUGACUCA